AUGUAUAUCCACUGCAAUGCAACAGCACUAGAGGCCCAGACACAGAUCAACUCCACCACCUUCUACCUGGUUAACAUGGUCAGCAUGUGUGUGAGCUGCCCCUUGAACACCGUGCUCAGUGUCCCUUUACUCCUGAUCAUCACGCGCUCCCCGUCCCUCCUCAGACACACUCGCUUCCUGCUCCUCACGCACCUCCUCUUGUGUGACAACCUCCAGCAGCUCCUCUCGACAGUCAAAGCAGUUCUCUUAAGAUCCAUGGAAGGCAUACCUGUGGCCCAGUGUCUGAUCUUCUGUUCUGCUAUCCAGACCUGCUCAUUGGUGGACCUCUUCCUGAGCACUGCUCUGGCCGUGGACUGCUUUGUAGCUGUCAAGUGGCCCCUGCGCUAUGACUUCUUGAUGUGUCCUCAAAGGAGAAGAGCAACUGUUGCAGCCAUAUGGACCUUAUCAGCCGUGCUCACCAGUGUGGCUCUGUGUAUCAGCCUCAGCACCGUCGAUGUCGAUUUCCCCCUUCCCCGCUGUCGACCUCUGAUCCUGACCCCCUGCCUGUCUGGGACGUCGGCUCUGGUGCUGUAUUGCACCGUUGGAACUGCUGCCGUGGUGCGUGCGGGACUGCUCUGCACCAAGAGAGCCUGUGUGACCCUGACCCUCCAGGUAGCUCAGACCGUUCUCUUUUCUGUUCCUGUGAUCAUGGACAGCUACCUGAUCCCUGGCUACCUGCACAGCGAUGCUUUUGAUAUAGCAGCCACCAUAACCUACAACCUGGGGGUGUCACUCAUCCCCCUGGUCUAUGGCUACCGCUCACGGGAGCUGCAGCAAAGAAUACAACAGGCGGCACACAGGAAGAAAGUCAACGACCAAAGUUAG